AUGAGUCGAUCGAUUGAGCAGCCACCUCCGCCUCCGCCGAUUUCGCUAUCUGAACAUUCAUUUCAGAGUUCCAACUCUAGGAGUGUGUAUUCUGGUAGCAGUUCUCACAGCUUCAUGGACCCUGAUGUGAUCGAGGUUCCACCACCACCGCGAACUAAUAAGCCGCACAAAGAGGUCAUUUUUCGGGACGUGAUUGACAUCGACAACGAUGAUGACUCAACAGAUUUAGUGUUAAUUGGUGAAAACAUCGUUGAAAGUAAUAAGGGGAAGACAACCGAAUCUGUUCACAACGGUUAUGGUGAUCAUCAAACUAUGGAAGACAUUGAUAAUAUAUAUUAUCUUCCUGCGAUUGACAAAUCUGGACCAAGUAGUAGGGCAGAGUCUUCCAAUGGUUAUACUUCUGUAUCAAAUAACUUAAUCAACAUUGAUGGGGAUGAGUCUGACCACUCGUAUGACGAUGAUGAUGAUGGCUUCUCUGAUAUUAUUCCGGAUGAUUAUAUGGAUGUAGAUAAUUAUACUUUACUACAGGAGCAUUUUGACAAUGCAAACAUACCUCCUGGUAUUGAAGCACCUGUUCCUUGGUUGAAGGAAUAUGAUCUAAGUUCUAAGAACGCUGAAAGUAGUUUAUUCUAUCCUAACUUUCAUAUUCCGCAAUCUGAUUCUAAAAAAUCUCAAGUUAAUGGCUUAUUUCAGCCAUCAUGGUCAUUUGAGCCUAUUAAGCCUGAAACCCAAGGAACUGUAGUAGGUAGUUCUAGUGUGCAAAAUCACUUACCUUCUCAAUUAUUUUCUCAAAUUGACCCUAUUAAGAAAAUAAUUGAUGCCACACAGAGCAGGAGACGCAAGUUAAAGUUGGCAUUAGGAGUGGAGUCAUCUACAUCUAGUUUGUCUUUGGGACCUUCUGGUAAAAAGAAGCCUUAUUUUUUUGGUUCUUCAACUAACCAUGGCUCUGUAGACAAUUCAGGGGUCAUGAAGCUGCCACAUGGAGGUGGUUCACCUCAUUGGAAACUACUUGAAAGUGCAAAGAAAGCAGCUGGAGCUGGAAGUAUCAGUUCACAUUAUUCAAAUUUCUAUGGACCUGUAGAUGGAUCAUUUCACUUUCCAGGAGCUGAAUUUGUAAAUCCUUGGUUGAAUUCUUCUCAUUUUAAUCCAUUUCCAAAUUAUACAGCUUAUCCAGGUUUUUCCAAUCCAUUCGUUCCUCCUCAUACCACACAUGCGCAAAUGUUCAAUAACCCUUGGGUUCACAAUACUGCAAGAGAUGGAAAUAAUGGCACAACUGCUGAUAGUACUGUUGUGACCAUCUCUGAUAAAGCCAGAGAGGAAAUUCUUGAGAAAUUUCAAAACUUUAAGCAAUUUGACACUAUUGACGAUACUUCAGACCAUUACUUUGUUCGCACCAAUUCUUCCACGACACAUCAUUCAAAGAAUUGGGUUAAAAGAGUUCAGGAAGAAUGGAAGUUAUUGGAGAAGGAUUUACCAGAUUCAAUAUUUGUCAGAGUUUAUGAAUCAAGAAUAGAUCUGUUGAGGGCUGUGAUUAUUGGAGCAGAGGGAACUCCUUAUCAUGAUGGCCUUUUCUUUUUUGACGUUUCCUUUCCAAGUGGCUUUCCCAAUGUACCUCCGCAAGUCUACUAUCACUCGGGUGGACUUCGGCUCAACCCAAAUUUAUAUAAUUGUGGCAAGGUGUGCCUUAGUCUACUUAACACCUGGUCUGGCAAUAAGAAUGAGAAGUGGCUCCCAGGCGUUUCAACAAUUUUACAGGUCCUGGUCUCCAUACAAGGUCUAAUCUUAAAUACACAGCCUUAUUUUAAUGAGCCUGGAUAUGCACGUUUGAGUGGUUCUGCCGAGGGUGAAACUAGAUCCCUCCGGUAUAAUGAAGAUACAUUCCUCUUAUCAUUGAGGACAAUGGUUUAUCUGAUAAGAAGGCCUCCAAAGAGUUUUGAGGACUUUGUUAAGGGGCACUUCUGCAGACGAGGUAAGGAUAUUUUAGUGGCUUGUAAAGCAUACAAGGAUGGUGCUCAAGUUGGUUGUUUGGUGAAAGGUGGAGUUCAGGAUGUUGAUCAGGGCGACAAGAGCUGCUCAAAGGAGUUUAAGAAUUCUUUAGCUGCAUAUGUGGAUAUGCUUGUGAAAGAGUUUACACAAGUUGGAGCCAAGAACUGUGAGAAAUUCCUGUCUUCAUCAACAGUAAGCAAUAAGCCGAUGGAAUAG